GGCGGCAGCGGCGGCGGCGGUGGGGGGGAGGGGUCGGGCGGGGGGGGCCUGGUGGCCGCGGCGGAUGGACUCGCGGGUAUCGGAGCUGUUCGGCGGCUGCUGCCGGCCCGGAGCGGGUCCGGCCAUGGGCGGGACCCUCAAAGCUAGGGCAGUCGGCAGCGGCGGUAGUGGCUGCGGGGGCCAGAAGGGGAAGAAGAAGAACGGAAGGAACAGAGGGGGCAAAGCCAACAACCCCCCGUACCUCCCCCCCGAGGCUGAAGAUGGAAACAUUGAAUAUAAACUGAAGCUGGUGAAUCCGUCCCAGUACCGCUUUGAGCACCUGGUGACACAAAUGAAGUGGCGACUUCAGGAGGGGCGUGGAGAGGCUGUCUACCAGAUUGGGGUAGAGGACAAUGGGCUGCUGGUGGGCCUGGCUGAGGAGGAGAUGCGGGCCUCUCUCAAGACCCUGCACCGAAUGGCAGAGAAGGUUGGGGCAGACAUCACUGUUCUUCGGGAGCGAGAAGUGGAUUAUGACAGUGACAUGCCCCGGAAGAUCACUGAGGUGCUGGUACGAAAGGUCCCUGACAACCAGCAGUUCCUGGACCUCCGUGUGGCUGUCUUGGGGAAUGUGGACUCAGGAAAAUCAACCCUGCUUGGGGUCCUGACCCAAGGAGAGCUGGACAAUGGGCGGGGCCGGGCUCGACUCAACCUUUUCCGCCACCUGCACGAGAUUCAGUCUGGUCGAACCUCCAGCAUCAGCUUCGAGAUCCUGGGCUUUAACAGCAAGGGAGAGGUGGUGAAUUACAGCGACUCACGGACGGCAGAAGAGAUCUGCGAGAGCAGCUCCAAGAUGAUCACCUUCAUCGACCUGGCAGGCCACCAUAAGUACCUGCACACCACCAUCUUCGGCCUCACCUCCUACUGCCCAGACUGCGCCCUGCUCCUCGUCAGUGCUAACACGGGGAUUGCUGGCACUACAAGGGAACAUCUGGGGCUGGCCCUGGCCCUGAAAGUGCCCUUCUUCAUCGUGGUCAGUAAAGUGGACCUCUGUGCCAAGACCACAGUGGAGAGGACAGUACGCCAGCUGGAGCGGGUCCUCAAGCAGCCUGGCUGCCACAAGGUCCCCAUGUUGGUCACCUCUGAGGACGAUGCUGUCACUGCUGCCCAGCAGUUUGCCCAGUCACCCAAUGUCACCCCUAUCUUCACACUGUCCAGUGUGUCGGGGGAGAGUCUGGACCUUCUCAAAGUCUUCUUGAACAUCCUGCCACCGCUCACCAACAGCAAAGAGCAGGAGGAACUCAUGCAGCAGUUGACAGAAUUCCAGGUAGAUGAGAUCUACACAGUACCAGAAGUGGGGACUGUUGUUGGCGGGACACUUGCCAGUGGGAUUUGCCGUGAGGGCGACCAGCUGGUGGUGGGCCCUACGGACGAUGGCCGCUUCCUGGAGCUGAAAGUAUGCAGCAUCCAGCGCAACCGCUCUGCCUGUCGAGUGCUGCGAGCUGGUCAGGCUGCUACACUGGCCCUUGGGGACUUUGACCGUGCAUUGCUUCGAAAGGGCAUGGUGAUGGUGAGCCCUGAGAUGAACCCCACCAUCUGCUCAGUGUUUGAGGCAGAGAUAGUCCUACUGUUCCAUGCCACUACCUUCCGGCGAGGAUUCCAGGUGACAGUACACGUGGGCAAUGUUCGCCAGACAGCAGUGGUGGAAAAGAUCCAUGCGAAGGACAAGCUACGGACAGGGGAGAAGGCAGUGGUGCGUUUCCGCUUCCUGAAACACCCAGAGUACCUGAAGGUGGGCGCCAAACUGCUGUUCCGGGAGGGUGUCACCAAGGGCAUCGGCCAUGUCACCGAUGUGCAAGCCAUUUCAGCAGGAGCACAGGCCAACAUGGGCUUCUGAGUCUUCCCAGCAGGAUAGCUCUAUUGCUGUCGCUACAAUAUAAGGUGACUUCCGGCCCUGCUGCCCGCUGUUGGCGGCUGUGUGUGUUCAUAGGCUAGGGAGAGGGACGCUCUCUGCCACUCGCUUCCUGACAGCUUUCAGGAGAAGUGUGAAGCUUGGUGUGGCCACCAGGGAGGGGCAGAACUGACUGAGGGGAAGACAUUUCAGGGGAGUGCUCAGCAGCUGCGAGCCUACCUGGCUGGCCCAUCAACCCUGCAGACCUGUGGCCCAUCUACUGGAGGGAGCAGACUACCGCCACUGUGGCCCACCAUCAGGACUGGGCAUGACCAGUGUGGUCCCUGCCCUUCAGGAAUCGUACAACUGGGGGUGGCCCUCAGAAGCACUCCUUUUUCUAUACCUCUUCUCAAGACCAUUGCCCAUCUCUACCUGACUGGACAAAAACCAUUGCUCCUGGCCAUCUUGGUGGCCCCAGAGUCUGAAGAACAGGAUAGAGGGCCAGUGAGCGACAGUGUUCCCACCUUGUGCUGAGACCUAAGGCCUACCUACCCCUCAGCUUCGUUCCCCCUUCUCUCACGGGCCGGACCCCUAGCUCUUCUCACAGGCCCCAUAGGUGCUAUUUGUUGUGCUGGCCCCAGUGUGGGGCUGCCGAGCUAAAGCUUGCCGUGCCAGAGGCCAGCUGCAUGUAAAUCACCUCCUCCUCUCUCUCUGCAGUCACCUGUUGGCUUUCAUGCUGGAUCAAAUCGUACGCUUUGCUCCUCUAGGUUGGCUGGUGGCUGGGGGACCUGACCCCUCACGGUUCUGCAUCUUACCCUCUCCACCCCAUUUUCUGCUCUGACAUAAACUUUUAGUAAUUUGUAGUGAUCAUCCCCUUCCCUCGGUAGCAGGGAACCAGGAGGAAAGGGAAAGAUGGUGCCAUAUUUCCUACUCUUAGGCAUGGACUUUCCUUUCCCUUCGUUAGCGUCCUGGGUUCCCGUGGGCUCAGGGAUUUGUUGGUUGAGAUUUCUCUGCAUAUAUACAUAUAUAAAUGUACAUGUAUAUAUAUUUAAAUACACAUAUAUAUUGUACAGAAUAAAAUGUUUUAUUGAACACACUGUGCUUAUGCUUAAGACACAGGCUCAGCUUGCAGAGUUAGAUUCCUCUCCAGAAUUAGAGGUGAGUGAAUCCACACCAUUCCUGACCUCCCAAAAGGUCCCUUUUCUCAUUUCUUUUGUACUCCCCCACAGGAACAGUGUCCAAUGCUCUAGCUGUGUGUUCUGGUCUGUUUUGCAUCAUUCUUGAGUGAGCAGAGUUAGAAAGCAAACAAAACCAAGGCCUUUUUUUUUUUGGUCAGUUAUGGGGCU